GAAUUACCUCGCAUAAAGUCAUUGAAUUUAUUCGAAAGAAAUUAAGUAUAAAAAAAGUUGGACACGCUGGAACACUGGACCCCUUGGCUACCGGCUUAUUGGUGAUUAUGGUGGAUAAAGCCACCAAAUUAAGCAACCAAUUAAUUAGUCAGUUCAAAACUUAUGAAGUGGAAAUGAAAUUAUUUCUGGAAACUGACACGGGCGAUAUAACUGGGAAAAUAAUUAAAAAUGAAAAGUUGCAAAGGUUUACCAAAAAGCAGAUUCUAGAGGGGAGAAAGUUAUAUCAAUAUGCAAGAAAAGGUAUCCCGGUAGAAGCACCACCGCGAUUAGUAAAAAUAGAGAAAAUAAAACUAUUAAAUUAUUUGCCUGGUGAAGAAAAGAUAAAUUUUUUAGUAGAGUGUAGCAAAGGCACUUAUAUUCGUAGUUUAGUAAAGGACAUCGCCGAAAAAAUGGGAACAAUAGCCACCGUCAGCCAAUUAAGGAGAAUUAGUUCGGGAAAAUUUCAUGUUAAUCAAGCCCUAAAAUUAGAAGAGGAAACUAAUUUUACUUUUGUGGGGGACCCUAAACAAAACAUUAUGGCUUUUGCGGGGGCUACCGAAGAUAUUUUUCAAUUAUUGAAAGAACAAUUUGCUGAUUGUGCUCAGAUGGAAAUAUCGAUUAGUUUUCGAGUGCCUGAGGAAAUUGCGGCGGUGGCAAAUGAUUUCACUCGCAAGUUUAUGCCUCACAAACCAAAAUUAACUACUAAUCAAAAAAACGGCGGGAAAAAACCAGUGAUUUUUCUGGCCAGCACUAAAAAAAAUUAUCGAUUAACUCUCGAGGAAGAAAGAAAUAUAAAAGAAAAAGCCUGUCAAAUUAACGAAGAAGAAAAUCAAACUGAGGAGAAAAAAACCAAAAAACUCCCUAAAUUAGAGAAAAAAUUAAUGACCGAGAAAAUUAAAUCCAAAAAACUGGAAAACCAAAUUAAAUUUAUCUUGGAAAAAAUUAGUGAGUUAGACAAGUCCGCUUCCCGCGUCAUCCUUUAUCGCAAAAAUGAAAUUGUAAUUAGUUAUAUCGUCAAUAAAAUCCAAAAAGAACUCAAAGAUAAACCACUUUUGCUAAGUAAAUUUCAUUCUGUCGAGGACUUUUUAAAUGAAGAAAGAUUUGAAGAAAGUUUAUCCGAAGAAGAAGUUAACGAAUUUAUUCGACAAAUUGAUAAACA